CCGUCUUUGACCAUCGUCAACUCGACCCUGCAUCCACUCUUCCCCCCUCUACUGCCAUUACAUACUGGCAAUUUCCUCCUCAGCGCGCCCCGCACACCCUGCAUCCCGUGCGCGCUUCCGAAAUCUGCGUCAAACCUGCCGAGCCUUGUGUCGCGAUCUCUGUGCAUGCUCCUCGCGGAAUCCAUCCAGUGUCUCGCCGCCUUGGGCUCUCGCGUGUAGGAGAGCGCCAACAUGGCUCCUGGCGCGAAGCGGAAGAGGGGCGAUCGUACUUAUUCUCAAGAGAGCAACGACAGCGGCAGCCGGCCGUCACCGCAUCGACCCCAAAACCUUGGGAUUGCCCAUGCACACCAGCAGAACAGCAAUGGCAGAGGCGGCAGGCGCAGCAGCAGAACUGGCCGUGGAGGGUCUAGCACUCCUCAUAGUCCGACCGUUGCGCAAGCUUCUCCUUCCGCCAUGUCACCUCCGGCCAUGGUUCCCCCUUCUACGAAGUCGCAUCCCGCGCACCCUACCUCCGCCCAAGCUUUACCGUCGAACGACAGCUCCUCAGAUCUGCCAGAUUCCCCCUCGGCACCCAAGUUCAACCUUUAUCUCACACCAGAACGAGUCUCAUCAUGGAGUGGAGCAGGACGGAAAGCCGUCGUGGAAGAUGGUGUGGCUGCCCAGGCUCAGGGCGACAUGCUCACGCUGUCGCUUCUCUUUGAAGAGCUUGUACAAGCAUGUGUAGAUCAAACUCUUGCUGCGGAUGCCCUUGGGUCGACAGUACGAGAAAUCCUUGCAUCUCCCGCCUCUGAUGCUCUAGAUCCUGCCUCGAUCUUCCUUGACACUGCAAGUACUCUCAUGGAGGCCGGCACUGCCCUCACUUCGCUCAAGCCCAUGCUCGAAGCUUCUGGUGUCGAUCCUAUGAGGAUGCGCGGAGAGCUCGACACAAAUCUCCUUACAGCUUUAAACCUGGUGCGCCCAACCUUCUCGAGGGUAGCCAUCCGCAAAGCCACCCAUGCCCUCUAUCGACAGUCGAAUUACAAUCUUCUUCGAGAGGAGACUGAAGGCUACUCCAAGUUGAUCACCGAGUAUUUCACCACGGUUCACAACGAGCCUCCUAAAGUCGAGGUUGUCAUAGAUACUUUCCAGAGGGUGAAAGCUCUUAUCGGAGCCUUUGACCUCGACGUUGGGCGGGUUCUCGACGUGACUCUUGACGUCUUUGCAAACCUGCUCGUCAAACACACUCGGUUCUUCGUCAAGCUCCUUCGACUGAGCUCCUGGUGGCCUGAUCAGAAGGUGCCGCAUGGUAUUGAGUGGGAAGAGCCGGGGGUCUCUGCCUUGCCAAGGUGGGCACUGCCGACUUUUGCAAAUUGGUACUACACCGAGGAUGAGAAGGAGGAGCAACUGCGACUGCGUGAAAUCCGCGAUCGCAAAUUCUGGAGCCGCAUCGUGACAUCGGACAUGACCUUCCGGUCGACAAAAUCUGGCCUCGACGCAUAUUUCGAGCUCGGUGCCCGUCGGAUCAUCGGAAGCCCAUCAUUCAAGGCCGACACAGGAACCUCGACUGGAGCCCCAAAGGAAAUGCCGGACUUUGAAAAGGUCCAAAAGUGGUCUCAAGAAUGGAUGGCUAAUACGAAGACCCUUCCUCCCUCAGGAAACCGCAUUGCUGCACAGCUUCUCGGCUUCAAGCUCCGAUUUUACGCCUCCGACGCUCGCGAUGUCCACGACACCCUUCCUGACAACCUCAUAUACCUUGCGGCCUUGUUGAUCAAAAUUGGCUUCAUCUCUCUUGUGGAUCUGUAUCCUCACCUAUACCCCCUGGAUGAAGAUAUGCCAGCGCUCAAAGACAAAUUAGAAGAGGCGAAGAAGGAGCAAAUCAAAAAGCUUAAGGGGCAAUCUGGGAACGCUUUAACAAUGGCCGCUCCCUUGUCGGAUGACACCCUUCCUGUGCCGGUUCUAGUAACAAGAUUACGAGAAUCAGAGAGUAAACCAUCGUCUAAACCGGAUUCCGAGCGAGCCACUCCAGCUCGAGCGGAGGAAGAAGUUGCAGAAAAUUUACCAGAACCAGUAGAUCAGAAGACUGCACUCUUACGAAGUUUGCUUUGUAUUGGAGCAAUCCCGGAAGCACUCUACAUUCUCGGGAAAUUCCCUUGGCUGCUCGAUGUCUACCCAGACCUACACGAUUACGUCUUCCGCCUGUUACACCAUUCUUUGACCAAAGUCUACAGUUGGUCGCGGCCUUUCCCUUCGCAUGUCACAACGCCUAAGCAAACGCCUAUCAAUGGCGCAGGGCCUCAUGGCCCGCCCCGUACAAGUGACUAUCCACCACGCCGGACACUACGCUGGGCUAAAUUGGAGGAGAAAGACGCUGGCGAUGGGAUUGACUACCGGUUUUAUUGGGAAGAUUGGCUAGACAACGUACCCAUCUGUCAGACUGUUGACGACGUGUUCAAGCUCUGCGACUCUUUGCUAGGCCUUGUUGGUCCUGAAAUGGGCAAAGACCCCAUGCUUCUGACCAAAUUGGCACGAAUCGGAAAGAAGAGCCUCAUGGAAGAUAAUUCCACCAAAAAUUUGGGUCGUUGGACACUCCUCUGCUCUACCCUGCUUGGGCCAGCCUUGACGUUCUCUGGAACAAAUCCUGGGGCUGUGAAUGAGGUAUGGGAGCUUUUCAAAUACUUCGACACAAAGACGAGGUUUAUUAUUUACAAAAACUGGUUCACCAGCCGCUCCGUCUGGAAGGAGGGUUCGUCUACUCAAGUGAAAUUCCUCGAGGUCGACGCUGAAACCAAAAUUCUCAUGAACCGCAUCAGUAAGGAGAAUGUGAAAACAAUGGGGAAAGUGCUGGCCAAAGUUGCCCACGCUUGUCCUGGAAUAGUUUUCGAUAAGGCAGCUGAACGCUUCGAAAACUACGGCAAUUUUGUUGACGUUCUUGUCGAGUGCUGCCGCUUUCUCACCUACCUGGGUUAUGAUUGUCUGACGUGGUCCCUCACUAACUCCCUCAGUAAAGGCGGUCGACAGGCUGUUCAGGCAGAUGGUAUGUUGACUAGCCCGUGGCUCAAGAAUGCUGCAGAGUUUAUUGGCAAGGUAUGCCGGCGAUAUAGCAACAUGGACCCUGUACCGGUGCUUCAGUACUUCCUGGAUCAGCUCUGUCGUACAAAUCCCUCCAUGCUGGCAGUACUCGAGCAAAUCAUCACGUCUAUGGGCGGCAUUGGGUCAUAUGUUACGCUUACCGAAACCCAAGUCCUCGGAAUAUCUGCUGGACCUCGUCUGCGUGCCUUCACCUUGGAGCACUACCUUGGGGAUCAGCAGCAUCUAUCUAGGCCUUCAGCAAGGCGUUUGAUGCGAUCUUUAAAGAGCUCAGGACUGUGCAAGAAUAUUCUUAUUGCGCUUGCUAUAGAAGUCCGCAAAUACCUCGCACGAAAUGAGAUCGAUGACAUGCCCCUGAAGGUCCUCGGCAUCACCCUCGACAAUCUUUAUUCGGGGUUCGCCCAAUUCCUGGAUUUGCUUCGAAGCAACCUCCACGUCAAUGACUUCGACGCAGUAAUUCCUGGGGUGGUAGAGUUGAUGGAAGACUACCGCGUAGACCCCCCUUUAGCUUUCGCAAUUUGUCGCGAGAGCAUAUCCAUGCGUGUGAAUGCUGCCAGAGCAGAGGGAAGAUCUAGCCCUAUGAAAUUGAGACCUGAGCCCAAGAACCCCCAAGCUAAUGGCGACGUCAUUAUGGGAGGGACAGAGGGAGAGUCGGCGGUUAAAGUCGACGCCGCUGCCGCUGAGUCAAUUAAGAUUGAGGUUUUGGAAUCCCAGGAUGUAGAGAUGAAAGAUUCCCUAAAGGUAGACGAUUCAUCUACCCCGAAGGAGAGCAGCAUGCUAUCAGCCAAUCCAACUCCAUGGCGCUCAAAUUCUGUCAUUGAAGCUUUAGCCGACCAACUCAAGACUACCAUGCCAAAGCAAUUUGGGAAUCAUGUGUGCCUUUCUUUUUAUAUCACAUUCUGGCAACUAUCACUGGGCGAUCUUGUCAAUUCCGUCAAAGAAUACAAUGCGGCACAGAACUAUUUCGCGGAGAAGGCGAAAUCAAUCGAUACCCGCCGCGACGUCAGCGUUCAAGCCACACGAAAACGCGAUUCCGAGAGGCAAGCCAUGACCGACUUGCUACGGGAGGCCACAGAUGGAAUGACUGCAGUGAAGCGUACUGCAAAGCAGCUACAAGAGGAAAUGCAUCAAUGGUUUGAUCGUAUUCCAAUGGUAGAUGCUCGCACAGACGUUCUUUACGACACAAUACUUCAAGACUGUUUCCUGCCCCGUAUUCAGUUAUCGUCGCACGAUGCCCAAUUUGCCGCCGCCAUGCUAAGGUUCAUGCAUAGCAGUGGUGUGCCGGGUUUCCGGACCAUGAAGUUACUUGAUCAGCUCUUCAGGUUCAGAUUCCUGUCUAACCUUUUCUACAUGUGUACCUCACGAGAGUCUCAGAACAUAGGUCGAUUCUUAAACGACAUCCUCAAAGAACUCAAAACCUGGCACACUAGCCAAGACAAUUAUACCAAAUUUGCAACAGGACAGAAGCGCCUCCCUGGCUUCGGCAGAACGUUCAAUGCAGACCGCACGCCUAUUACCUUCUUAGAUUAUGAAGACUUUAGGCGAGUCUUGUUCAAGUGGCACACAAACCUAUUUCGGGCACUUGAGUCUUGCUUGAAGAACGAAGAAUACAUGCAUAUUCGCAAUGCCAUCAACGUCUUAAAAGCUGUUGCUCCCAACUUCCCGGUCAUUGAUUCCCAGGGCAAAAGCCUCCACCAGCAGGUGCAGAUUAUGUCUCAAACUGAAUCAAGGGAGGAUCUCAAGCUCGCGGCAAUGUCCUUGUUGGGCGAUUUCAAAAAGGGUGAAAAGCUUUGGGUUCCUUCGCAGACAUUCCACCAUGUUCGGGUAGGCCCCAAUGCCCCCAACGCUGGAGGUCGUGUUACUUCAGAACAACCAACAACACCACAGCCAGUCGAGAAGACCACUCCGAAAGCUCUCAAUACCACCGCGCCUAAGUUCACCCCAAAGCAGGUAACUCUAAAUGGUGUCUCAAAUUCAGACGCGAAGCCCUCCAACGAACACGAGGACGGGGAAGUCGAGGACGAGAAAACAAAGACUGCCACUGCAGCAGCGAACACUGAACCGCGCUUGAAAGGUCCCGAGCCCCGCAAGUCAACACCAAAUCCAGUUGAACAACCGCCUACAACCCCCUCACACCAAAAAGAGGCAGAGCAGCUCAAACUCCGGAAUGCUCGGCCAGACACCCAUUCAUCCAAAGCAUCGACUUCUCAGGGUCCACCACUUGCACCUAUGCUAGGCCGCCCAGACAGCAGAGGUACCAUUCCUCAUCAGCCCACAUCUGUUACGUUGAGUAGAGUUCCCCACGCGCUCCCAAGUAGACCGGAUGCCCUGCCUCCUAGGGCUCGCCCAAUCGAUCGGCCUGGUCCUGAACCUCCCACUCAGAGUAGGAACGAUCCUCGCAAUAAGGCUAAUGCCGAAUUUGGCAGGCUCGACAGGCCUACAGAUAACUUGCGUGAGUCUUUUCCAGACCGACGUGAGCCUUCUCCACCAGGACGCCGUCUCCCACCACGUGCCAGAACUCCAGAUAGAGCGCCGAACUCGAUGGAUCGUCGCGAUCCUGGCUGGGGUAGAGACCCCAGAGAAUACCAUGACGAUCGCUCUAUGCGGCCACCUCCUCGAGAUGGUCGUGGUCCACCGCUAGGUCGGGGCCCGAGUUGGCCAGACAACUCUAGGGAUUUGCGAGAUCCGAGGGAUCCGAGGGAGCUGAGAGAUGCGAGAGAUGCACGCGAUCGAGUUGAUCCUCGCGGUCCUCUGCCUCCGCCAGAUAACAGUCGUACCCGGGUUCAUUCUAGCACUGGAAGCACAGAUGAUACAAACACCUAUCGGCGAGAUUUCACUCCAAAGAAUCCUCAGGGCGGAGAUCGUGCCGGCCAGCUUCCUCUCCGUCCUCCUAUUGACCGAUCAACAACAAAUGUCCCAGUGCCUGCAUCAGAUAGAGCACAAUCCGCCGGUGAUAGGCCACUUAUAAACCCUGAUCGCGCUGCUUUCAUUGAAGGGGAUCGAGGACGGAAUGAUCCAUUUAGAUCCGAACGGGAUAGCCGCCGUGAACGAGGCUCACGUCCCCAGUCCCCACGCCGAGCAGACGAUCGCAAUACUACGUCCUACCAUAACCGGAACGAAGUUGGUCGAGAUAAUCGUGAUGAUCGCAACAACGAGCGUGGCCAGCAUGGCCGCGAUCACCGGGAGGAGCCAACCGGACAUGCUCCCACUGGGCCACGUGGAGGCCGCAAUGAGUUCACAGAAUCUCCAAUGUCUACUCGAGUGACUCGAGAAAUGUUCCAGCCUUCCCACAGUUCGAGAGUAUCCCAAUCCCAAGACCCCAAUUAUGGACGUCUCAAGCCGACUGUCGACCCAAUUCCAUCCGGGCCUCGAAACUUAAUGACGGAUCGCCGCGAUCAAAUUCGAAGGGAGUCUGCUUCUCAUGAACAAACUCUAUCAACUCCUCCUCCUCCUCUCCCACCUCCAACUGGCCCGGCUCAACAGGACACUUCAGGUGUUCAUCCCAGUCGUUUAAACCAGAUCCAUGGCCCCCCGCUUCAAACCGACAUGCCUCGGGCUCCAUCUGGUCCCCGUAAUGCAGCGAGGACACCCCACGGCCCUAGCGCUUCACCAUCAACCCGUGCUGCGCCCACAGGUCCCGCGUCUACGGAACGCAACGGGAGGACUCAAGAUAAGAGUUCCACGCGGGCGCUAAGCAGUUCCUUCAAUCAGGGAGCCCCAACCGCUCCUGGGAGUCUCAACGAUCGCAACGCUAUCGAUCGUGGAACCUCGAUUCGUGGCCGUGGUAGUCGUGCCAGUGGUCCAAUUGACGCCCUGAACAUGCCUAGUCCAGCCGGCUCACAUUCCCAUCCUAGCACUCCCAACACUACUCGUCCUGAAGGACCUCUUUCGAGAUCCGACCGACCUGAGCAUGCCUCGAAUCGGCCUGACAAUCAUGCCCACGAUGAUGGUAGAGUGGAGUCACGCAGUAGCAGAGACGGUAGGCGUGGCGACCGUUCUGGACGGCGCCGGAGUAGAUCCCCAGAUCGAGGUGAUCGUCGGCCAGAUGAGCGGAGUGCUCGGAACGAUGAGCUUGAGAAGGUCACUGAUCGAGAGCGUGGGUCAGGGAGGGAAAAGCGUGGUGGGGACGGCGCGCGACGUGAUGGGGAACGUUCAGCGCGCGAUGGAAAGGAGAGGCGCGACCGUGGUGGGCGAGAGGAGGGGAUGGGGUCCGGCAGGGGUGAAGACACGAAUUCCAGGCGAGGUCCCAACCCAGCUCUAGCCGGACCUCCUCAAUGGACAGGCGAUGGUAGAGGCGAGAUUCGGAGUGGCGAACCUCGGGUACGCACCGGCGGAGACAGGAGGGAGGAUCGCGACAGGCGAGGCGGCAGGGAUGAUGGCCGAGAUGGACGGAAACGAGCACGAGGCGGCGAUGACGCGGCAGUACACAGCGACAACAAGCGACCGAGGCGAUCGGUGAACUAAGAGGCGGAAGUACGAUAAAGACUUCAUAGGGCUGUACCACUUUUCCUACAUUCAACGGAUCUGUAAUCAUGAAGAGCGUUCGGUCAAUGGCAAUGGCGCAUACGGCAUUUGAGAAGAGAAGGGUCAGU